AUGGUCAUGCCUACCGGCUUGACAUGGAUAGUUUUGAUCUUGCUCACUAUCGUUGCGUCGCAGGCAGCAAAUCCCUCCCAUCUCGUUCGAAAUCUUCCCGGACAGCCACAAGUCCAAUUCAAGCAGUACGCUGGCCACUUGGUUGUGAAUGCGUCGGCGCAAAGAGCGUACUUUUACUGGUUCUUUGAGGCCGAUCACCAGAAUCAAACAUCGCAACCAUUAGCUCUGUGGCUUUCAGGAGGGCCUGGUUGUUCUUCCGUUGGAGCUGGAGCUUUCGGAGAGAUCGGACCUUUCUCCGUCGAUAUUAGUGGUACUAAACUGGAGAAACGCCGCAAUGCAUGGAACAAAGCCUCCGAUAAUCUCCAGUUCCUGCUUGAGUGGUUUAGAAACUUUCCAGAGUACUCGAAGAACGAGUUUUACUUGUUGGGGGAGAGCUACUCCGGUCACUAUAUCCCGACUCUGGCUAUGAAAAUCUUGGAGAACAACGCUAAUGGUAAGAACAUCAUCAACCUGAAAGGAUUUUCGGUAAGAUACUGUGAAAUGGACGACAGAAAAGAGCAAGGAAGUAACCCUUUUUUACCGCAGCUAGGAAAUGCCUGGACUGAUCCUGCUCAUGACAUGCGAGGCGAUGUUGAAUUUUACUACAGUCACUCACUCAUUCCAGAGCAGACUUACAACGAGCUGAUCCAAAACUGCGAUUUUUCCACCAUGCGCCCAAUCCUCGGAGGUUCCAUGAAUCCAAACUGUCAAGGAGCUUCGGCCAUCACGAACCGCUUGAUAAGUGGACUUAGUCACUACAAUAUAUACAAACCUCCGUGUAAAAACGGGUCGUCUAUCACGCUCGAAGGCAUCAGAGUAUUACCAGGCAUCCGAUAUAAUUGUGUCCAUGCUACCGCUCUACAAAUCCUUGAUCCAGAAAAAACUUCGAAUCUGGAUAUACAGGUACUUUGCAAAAGCUUACCAUUUUGGUUUUUCACCUCUCCUCGCAGUGGUGAUGCCGAUGGAGUGGUAUCAACACUCUCAACGAGAAGCUGGAUCAAAGAGCUGAAUCUGACCUCGCAAACGCCAUGGUUUGUAAUUUCGCAGGUUGCUGGCUGGUCGCAAGCUUACAAUGGAUUGACAUUCUUGACGGUGCUCGGAGCCGGUCAUAUGGUGCCCCUAGACAAACCACAGCAAGCUUUGUCCUUGUUUGAGCAUUUCCUCAAAGGAAAAGUGCCACCAAGCUUUGCCAAUUGA